CGGGCUGGGGCCGGGAGGGCUUCAGCACAGCCCAAGCCAACUCUCACCAAACAGCUGAGCACUGAGCCCCCUGGUGCUGGUGUCAAAACAUGAAACGCCACUUCACAGACUGUAGGGGAGAACAGUCACCAACGGAUGGGACCACCCUCAGCUUGACCAGCCCGGGGUCCACCGAGGAGAGCGUGGAAGUGUGCUGGCCAGGAACCAUAAAGAGGGAAGAGUCAUCUCCGAGGCCGGGGCUACCCUUUCUCCACGAGGAGGACAUCUGCUUCGUCUCCAGGGCACGGAGGAUGCUGAGCUGGAGCAGCUCUCCAUCAUCCCAGUCCUCCUCUGAGUACCAGUCCUACUCCCAGUACCAGUCCUGUUGUUCCUACAUGCACGACGAGGACGCCGCCCAGCAAAGUGUGUGUGCCUUCUACACCCACGUGCAGACUGUGCAGGGCGUGGCCGUGGCCUGGGAGACCGAGAAUGGCUUCGAGCCGGUCAGCAGGAAGCCCCGCAUUCAUGAAGCUGAGUUCAUCAAGAGGCAGAGGAGGAAAGGCUCCUCCUUUGAGAUGGCUUCCAACACCGACCUGCGCUGGGACUUGGAAGCCAGCAAGAACAACUGCUCCCCAGAGCCGGAUGACAUGGAGCUGCUGGCGCCCCUGGAGUGCUGCCUGCAGGAGCUGCGGGACCCUCCGGACUGGCUGGUCACCACCAACUACGGGCUGCGCUGUGUGGCCUGCUGCCGGGUGUUCCCCACGCUGGAGGCGCUGCUGGAGCACGCCCAAUAUGGCAUCCAAGAGGGCUUCAGCUGCCAGAUCUUUUUUGAGGAGAUGCUGGAGAGAAGGCGGGCUCGGGACCAAGCGCAGGAGCAACAGCUGGAGGAGGAACAGAGCCCUUCGGACAACAGUGAAUGUCCGCGGCCCCACGUCGAGGCGCUUCAGUCACAGCAGCAGAAGCAGUGAGCUGGAGUGACGCGCCCAGCUCUGCCCUCACUUCCGGCACCUCCGGUGCUCCUUCCCCAGCCGGCACGACCAGAGCCACCAGGGCAGGGAGAGAGGACGGGGGCCAGGGCAAGGAAGCAGGGGAACAUAGAGCUGGGUGGGCCGUGAGAGGGGAAGGGGAAGGAACCCUUCCAAAGGGCACAGCAUUUCAACCAGACUCCAUUUCAAACCUGAAUCCAAAGAGGAGGGCUUCAAGCGUUUCUGGCAGCCACCACAAGAUCUGAAGCCCCUAAGCGUGUGGCCACUGGGAUUUCUAUUUUUGCUGGUGGAUCAAGCAGGUCAUGACUUGCGGGAGAGCCCACUGCAAAUGAAGCUUCAGCCCUAUUUUUUUCAUUGUUAGGAACACAUCAUAUGCCCUAGUUCUAUGUCUUAUUUUAGUGGGAUUAAACUUGAAUAACUCAAAUUU